CAAGCGAGGUUUUACUACUAACCCCCGAUUCAAGGGUUUAAGCAACCGAAACAUGAGCACAGACCACACAUAACCGAAGACUUGGGUAGAGAGCGCAGCGUCUCCGCUCCCGGCCUCCUCCUCCUUGCGCGUCUUGGGUACGGCUCAAGCAACUCCGGCUGCAAGCAAAGCUCCUCUGCCACCUCACUGCCUCUUCGCACUCCACUCCCACAUGCCCGUCUAGCAAGCAAAGCAAAGAGGCCCUCUCGAUCGAUCCCAUGUCGGCCGUGAGGUCGCCGUGCCGCCGCUGCUGAUAAGGGGGGAAAGCGUUCGUUUUUUCUUUUUUUUCUCCUUUCUCGUUUCGGGUGGUUUUACUUUUAAUCCCUGAUCGCCGGAGGAAGAAUGGCGCACCGGCGCGCCCGGCUCUUGUCCGCCGCCGCGGCCGUGGUGGCGGUGCUUUCGCUGGUGUGUCUGCCGGCGGCGGCGGCGCUGUCCCCGGACGGGAAGGCGCUGCUGUCGCUGCUCCCGGCGGCGCCGUCGCCGGUGCUGCCGUCAUGGGACCCUUCCUCAGCAACCCCGUGCUCGUGGCAGGGGAUCACCUGCUCGCCGCAGAGCCGGGUGGUGUCCCUCUCGCUGCCCAACACCUUCCUCAACCUCUCCUCGCUCCCUCCUCCUCUCGCCUCGCUCUCCUCCCUCCAGCUGCUCAACCUCUCCGCCUGCAACAUCUCGGGCACCAUCCCUCCCUCCUACGGGUCCUCCCUCUCCUCGCUCCGCGUCCUGGACCUCUCCUCCAACGCGCUCUACGGCGCCGUACCCGGCGAGCUCGGCGCCCUGUCGGCGCUCCAGUACCUCUUCCUCAACUCCAACCGCUUCACGGGCACCAUCCCGCGGUCCCUCGCCAACCUCUCCGCCCUCGAGGUGCUCUGCGUCCAGGACAACCUCUUCAACGGCACCAUCCCGCCGUCCCUGGGCGCGCUCACCGCGCUCCAGCAGCUCCGCCUCGGCGGCAACCCGGGACUCUCGGGCCCCAUCCCGCCGUCCCUCGGCGCGCUCGCCAACCUCACCGUCUUCGGCGGCGCCGCCACGGGUCUCUCCGGCGCCAUCCCGGACGAGCUCGGCAGCCUCGUCAACCUCCAGACGCUCGCGUUGUACGACACCGCGCUCUCCGGCCCCGUGCCGGCCUCGCUCGGGGGGUGCGUCGAGCUGCGGAACCUCUACCUACAUAUGAACAAACUCUCUGGCCCCAUACCGCCGGAGCUCGGGAGGCUGCAGAAGCUCACCAGCCUUCUCCUCUGGGGCAACGCGCUCUCCGGGAGCAUCCCGCCUGAGCUAUCCAACUGCUCGGCGUUGGUGGUGCUCGACCUGUCGGGAAACCGGCUCUCGGGCCAGGUGCCCGGCGCGCUGGGGCGUCUCGGCGCGCUCGAGCAGCUCCACCUUUCGGACAACCAGCUCACGGGGCGCGUCCCGGCGGAGCUCAGUAACUGCAGCAGCCUCACCGCGCUGCAGCUCGACAAGAACGGCCUCUCGGGAGCGAUCCCGCCGCAGCUCGGGGAGCUCAAGGCGCUGCAGGUGCUGUUCCUCUGGGGCAACGCGCUGACCGGCUCGAUCCCGCCGUCUCUGGGCGACUGCACUGAGCUCUACGCGCUGGACCUGUCCAGGAACAGGCUCACCGGCGGCAUCCCCGAUGAGGUCUUCGGGCUCCAGAAGCUCAGCAAGCUGCUCCUGCUCGGCAACGCGCUGUCGGGGCCGCUUCCUCGGAGCGUCGCCGACUGCGUGUCGUUGGUCCGGCUCCGGCUCGGCGAGAACCAGCUCGCUGGCGAGAUCCCCAGGGAGAUUGGCAAGCUGCAGAACCUGGUGUUCCUGGACCUCUACUCCAACAGGUUCACCGGGCCGCUGCCUGCCGAGCUCGCCAACAUCACGGUGCUGGAGCUGCUCGAUGUGCACAACAACAGCUUCACGGGGGCCGUGCCGCCGCAGUUCGGCGCGCUCAUGAACCUGGAGCAGCUCGACCUCAGCAUGAACAACCUUACCGGGGAGAUACCGGCGAGCUUUGGCAACUUCAGCUACCUCAACAAGCUCAUCCUCAGCAGAAACAUGCUUUCCGGACCGUUGCCCAAGUCGAUUCAGAACCUGCAGAAGCUGACCAUGCUGGACUUGAGCAGCAACAUCUUCUCUGGCCCGAUACCACCAGAGAUUGGUGCAUUGUCAAGCCUGGGCAUUAGCCUGGACCUGAGUGGGAACAGGUUUGUCGGUGAGCUGCCGGAGGAGAUGUCCGGCUUGACGCAGUUGCAGUCACUCGACAUCUCGAGUAAUGGCCUCUAUGGCAGCAUCUCAGUGCUCGGCACGCUCACCAGCCUGACGUCCCUCAACAUUUCGUACAACAACUUCUCUGGUGCGAUCCCGGUGACGCCCUUCUUCAAGACAUUGUCUUCAAAUUCCUACAUCAACAACCCCAACCUGUGCGAGUCCUUUGAUGGGCACAUUUGUGCAUCGGACACGGUACGCAGGACCACAAUGAAGACUGUCAGGACUGUGAUCCUCGUCUGCGCCAUCCUAGGCUCCAUCACCCUGUUGCUUGUUGUGGUUUGGAUCCUGAUCAAUAGGAGCAGGAGGCUUGAGGGUGAGAAGGCAAUGAGCCUGUCGGCUGUGGGUGGUAAUGACUUCUCAUACCCUUGGACGUUUACUCCAUUCCAGAAGCUGAACUUUUGUGUUGAUAACAUCUUGGAAUGCCUGAGAGAUGAGAACGUGAUCGGUAAAGGUUGCUCAGGAGUUGUCUACAGAGCUGAAAUGCCAAAUGGGGAUAUCAUUGCGGUGAAGAAGCUCUGGAAGACAACAAAGGAAGAGCCGAUUGAUGCUUUCGCUGCUGAGAUUCAGAUAUUGGGUCACAUCAGACACCGGAACAUUGUCAAACUGCUUGGUUACUGCUCAAACAAGUCUGUCAAGCUCUUGCUCUACAACUAUGUCCCUAAUGGCAAUCUGCAGGAGCUCCUGAAGGAAAACAGGAACCUGGACUGGGAUACACGGUACAAGAUCGCCGUUGGUGCAGCGCAGGGGCUGUCCUAUCUGCACCAUGACUGUGUCCCAGCGAUACUCCACCGGGAUGUCAAGUGCAACAACAUACUGCUCGAUUCAAAGUAUGAGGCCUACUUGGCUGACUUUGGGCUGGCCAAGCUGAUGAAUUCCCCCAAUUAUCAUCACGCCAUGUCACGCAUUGCUGGCUCUUAUGGAUACAUUGCUCCAGAAUAUGGCUAUACCUCAAACAUCACUGAGAAGAGCGAUGUGUACAGCUAUGGCGUGGUGCUUCUAGAGAUCCUGAGCGGGCGGAGUGCCAUCGAGCCGAUGGUCAGCGACAGCCUCCACAUCGUUGAGUGGGCGAAGAAGAAGAUGGGGAGCUACGAGCCGGCGGUGAACAUCCUUGACCCCAAGCUUCGGGGCAUGCCAGACCAGCUGGUCCAGGAGAUGCUGCAAACCCUGGGCAUCGCCAUCUUCUGUGUGAACCCUGCCCCAGCAGAGCGGCCAACAAUGAAGGAGGUGGUGGCCUUCCUCAAGGAGGUGAAGAGCCCACCGGAGGAGUGGGCAAAAACGUCGCAGCAGCCUCUCAUCAAGCCUGGUAGUCAGCAAGGAUAACAUGAGCAUGGAUUCAGUGGCGCAGCUACAAGAAAUGGAGGGAGAUGACAAGGGAGGGGGAAAGUAAAAGUUGUAGGAUUUUGGUAAGUGCCUAGCUAGCUUUGGUUAGGGAUUUCAUGUACAGUUUCAAAUGGCAUGGUAGCUUAUUUAGGAGAACUUGAAUGGAAAAUUUCUCGGUUGUUUGCUCUUGCAAUACAUCACUGUGCGUUUCAGUUUAGAAAUUUCUCUUCAGCUUACA